UUGAACUGUUGGGGUAGUGUGUGAGAUCUAUAUUUGCUGCCAUGCCCGAGCCGGCCAAGUCUGCUCCCGCACCUAAGAAGGGUUCCAAGAAAGCGGUGACCAAGACCCAGAAGAAAGGAGACAAGAAGCGCAAGAAGAGCCGCAAAGAGAGCUACUCCAUCUACGUGUACAAAGUGCUGAAGCAAGUGCACCCCGACACUGGCAUCUCGUCUAAGGCCAUGGGCAUCAUGAACUCCUUCGUCAACGACAUCUUCGAGCGCAUCGCCGGCGAAGCUUCUCGCCUGGCGCACUACAACAAGCGCUCCACCAUCACCUCGCGGGAGAUCCAGACGGCCGUGCGGCUGCUUCUGCCCGGCGAGCUGGCCAAGCACGCUGUGUCCGAGGGCACCAAGGCUGUCACCAAGUACACCAGCUCUAAGUAACCUGUCUGCACCGUAAAGUAGAUUUGCUCGACCCAAAGGCUCUUUUAAGAGCCACCUACUUUUUCAAUAAAAGGGCU